AUGGAGUGGGUCAAUGAGACCACAGUGAGAGAGUUUGUCUUCCUUGGCUUCUCCUCUCUGGCUGGGCUGCAGCAGCUGCUCUUCUUUAUUUUCCUGCUCGUCUACCUGUUCACUCUGGGCACUAAUGCCAUCAUCAUUUCCACCAUUGUGCUGGACAGAGCCCUUCAUACCCCCAUGUACUUCUUCCUCGGUGUCCUCUCCUGUUUUGAGACUUGCUACACCUUUGUCAUUGUACCCAAGAUGCUGGUAGACCUGCUGGCCCAGAAGAAGACCAUCUCCUUCCUGGGCUGUGCCAUCCAGAUGUUUACCUUCCUCUUCCUAGGCUGUUCUCACUCCUUCCUGCUGGCAGCCAUGGGCUAUGAUCGCUACGUGGCCAUCUGUAACCCUCUGCGCUACACAGUGCUCAUGGGUUAUGGUGUGUGUGUGGGACUAGUGGCUGCUGCCUGUGCAGGAGGCUUCACUGUCUCACUGGUCACUACCUCCCUGAUAUUUCAUCUGCCUUUCCAUUCCUCCAACCAUCUCCAUCACUUCUUCUGUGACAUCUCUCCUGUCCUUAAGUUGGCUUCCCAUCACUCUCACCUUAGUCAAUUGGUCAUAUUCAUGCUUGGUGUAUUUGCAUUGGUUAUUCCACUGUUACUUAUCCUGGUCUCCUAUAUCCACAUCAUCUCUGCCAUUCUAAAAAUCCCAUCCUCUGUUGGAAGAUACAAGGCCUUCUCUACCUGUGCCUCCCAUCUCAUUGUGGUAACUGUUCACUAUGGUUGUGCCUCUUUCAUUUACCUAAGACCCAAAUCCAAUUACGCCUCAAGUCAAGACACCUUAAUAUCUGUAUCUUACACCAUCCUCACUCCACUGUUCAAUCCAAUGAUUUACAGUCUGAGAAAUAAGGAGUUUAAAUCAGCCCUUCAAAGAGCAAUAGUCCAGACUUUGUAUCCUGUUAAUUAA